GAAGUAGAGGCAACUUCCGGCACAGGCCCGCCGAGAGCGUGAACUAUCGCUGCGGAGUGGCAGACCUGGACCGGUGGAAGGCCGGGCGGAAGUGCGCGCCUGGGGCCGCCUUGGUUACCGCGUUUUCCGCCCCUCGUUACGUCAUUGUUGUGAGCCCGCUAUCCGCGGCCAGCGCGGGCGCGGCCGGAGACCGUGGGGCCCGGGUUGCCGCCCCCUCAGGAGCCACCAUGUUGGUGAUACCUCCCGGACUGAGCGAGGAAGAGGAGGCUCUGCAGAAGAAAUUCAACAAACUCAAGAAAAAGAAAAAGGCAUUGCUGGCUCUGAAGAAGCAAAGUAGCAGCAGCACAGCCAGCCAAGGUGGUGUCAAACGCUCACUAUCAGAGCAGCCUGUCGUGGACACAGCCACAGCAACAGAGCAGGCAAAGCAGCUGGUGAAGUCAGGAGCCAUCAGCGCCAUCAAGGCUGAGACCAAGAACUCAGGCUUCAAGCGUUCUCGAACCCUUGAGGGGAAGUUAAAGGACCCUGAGAAGGGACCAGUCCCCACUUUCCAGCCGUUCCAGAGGAGCAUAUCUGCUGAUGAUGACCUGCAAGAGUUGUCCAGACGUCCCCAGAGGAAAUCUCUGUAUGAGAGUGAUCGACUUCGAGAACUAGGGCCAGAUGGAGAAGAGACAGAGGGCCCAGGGGCUGGCGAUGGUCCCCCUCGAAGCUUUGACUGGGGCUAUGAAGAACGCAGUGGUGCCCACUCCUCAGCCUCCCCUCCCCGAAGCCGCAGCCGGGACCGCAGCCAUGAGAGGAACCGGGACAGAGACCGAGAUCGGGAGCGGGAUCGAGACCGGGAUCGAGACAGAGACAGAGAGCGGGACAGGGAUAGGGAUCGGGAUCGGGAUCGAGAUCGAGACCGGGAACAGGACAGGGAUCGGGAGCGGGAUCGAGACCGAGACCGAGAGGGUCCUUUCCGCAGGUCGGAUUCAUUCCCUGAACGGCGAGCCCCUAGGAAAGGGAAUACUCUCUAUGUAUACGGAGAAGACAUGACACCCACCCUUCUCCGUGGGGCCUUCUCUCCUUUUGGAAACAUCAUUGACCUCUCCAUGGACCCACCCAGAAACUGUGCCUUCGUCACCUAUGAAAAGAUGGAGUCAGCAGAUCAGGCCGUUGCUGAGCUCAACGGGACCCAGGUGGAGUCUGUACAGCUCAAAGUCAACAUAGCCCGAAAACAGCCCAUGCUGGAUGCCGCUACUGGCAAGUCUGUCUGGGGCUCCCUCGCUGUCCAGAACAGCCCUAAGGGUUGCCACCGGGACAAGAGGACCCAGAUUGUCUACAGUGAUGACGUCUACAAGGAAAACCUUGUGGAUGGCUUCUAGGGAACAGAGCUGGAUUCCUUGUGCCUCAUAUGCCCCAAUGCUGGUCUCAGUAAAACACUGAGGUGGAAGUUUA